AUUUACCUUCAAUUUCCUCUCUGAAUCGAACUGUAAAGCAGUUGACACUAGUCUCAUUGCUUGUUGCAUACAUUCCGCUGUAUUAAUAUUCAUAACUAUACCUAUAUUGUUCAGCUUUGGUGAAAAAGAGGCAAAUAGUUUCUGUUUUAGAUUUUUCGAAAAAAAUCAACAGUCGAUAGGUGUCGCGCCAACAACCACCUGUCAACCGUAAGAGGGCAGCACUUAGUUUGCUCGUUGUCAAGCAUGGAGGAGGAAAUGGGAAGAAAAUCACUUGAGUUUUUAUUGAUUUUACACUGCUUUAACAAGCUUAUCACAAACGGUUAACAAGUCAGUGUAUGUUACCCGUCUAACUGGGAGCACCACCAAGAUGAAUGAUCUGGACGAAAAUGGAUGGGCCCAUGUGCAUCACGCAAGCCACAGGGGGUUCAUCAAAUCAAUCGAAAGGUUUGUCAAAGCUAGUGAGGAUCAGCUGGAAUUGGAAACUGGAGAUGACCUUCACAUGACCCCAUUCAUGUUGAGUGUCGCCAGUGGAAAUCUAGAAACUGUCAAAUGCCUUCUUAACCUAGGUGCAAAGAUUAAUGUCAUAAAUAGCCAGAAUCAUGGUGUCAUAGAAAUAUGUGCCUUAAAACAAUACAUUGAACUUCUUAAUUUCUUCAUCGAACUUGAUGACCCAAAGUUACCUGUUUGGAAAAAUCUCAUACGAUUUUUAGCGAGUGAUUCAGAUGAAGAAGGUGAAUCGGCUGGAAAGUGUCUGAGAAUUUUAACUAAAUUGGGUGCUGAUGAUGAAAUCAGUCCAAACUGGGAGAAAGUUUACAGCAAUGGAAUUGUACCUACUAUUAUCAAGGUCAUCAAAGGUACAAUAGGAGACGAAACCAUAUUAGAAGCCUUCCAUUGUUUACUGAAUAUAAUCUCCAAAGAGGAGGUUAAAGAACAGGUUGGCUCGUCUGGAGGGAUGGCUCAUAUUGUAAAACUCCUGAAGUCUUCAAAUAACUUUGUAAUCCAACUAGCUGCUGAAACUAUCAAGGAAAUGUGUAAGGUGAAAGAGUAUGCCAUUCAGGCUUCCCAAGCUGGAGCCAUAGGUGCCUUAGUUAAAGUCAUUCAGAGUAUAACAGAUCCUGAUGUGUUAGUCGAGGCUGUUGAAGCAUUGGGCUUCAUCGCGGAAGAGAACGAAAACCACCAGGGCUCGAUAGGCAGCACACCUGGCUGUGUGACAUCACUGAUUAAUCUGUAUGAAGACUGUAAUAAUAAAGAACUGUUGAUGGGAUUGACAAAAGCCAUUGAUAAAAUUAUAAAAAACAAUGAGAACAACCAGACUGCUUUUGUAGAUGAAGGUGUCGGGCCACAUGUUAUUAUGCUACUUAAAGUGAAGCACAAAGAUCUUCAACUUUGUGCUGUUGAUACUCUCGAAUCAAUGGCCCAUAAUAAUAAUCAUGCUCAGAAAGCAAUCCUUCAAGAAGGAGCAGUAGAACCUUUAAUGACUCUUCUGAAAAAGUCCCGUGCUCCGGGUAUGCAAGAAAAGACUGCAAAUGCAUUAUGGGCAUUAGCGGGGAGUAAUAUCGAGGAACGGACGGUAAUGGCAGGAAUGAUGGGAGUUCAGUUACUCAUUGAAUUCCUAAGCUCGCUUUCUGAGAAUCUUCACUAUAUCGGCUCCGAGGGACUAGGUGUAUUGGCCCAAGGUCCAAAAAACAAACAAACUGCAAUAGCGCACGCUAAUGGUGUCCACCCUCUCGUGAGAUUACUCCGCUCGAAUAAAGAAUACAUUGUGUUAAGUGUGAUUCGGACACUACGUCACCUGUGUGUCAGUAUAGGCUAUGUCCCCCAUCCAAAGAACCAACAAACUUUGAGUCAAAGUCGCGGAAUCAAAUUCCUCGUGGCCUUGAUGGUACACUCUCAGAACGAGUUGAUACAAGUGGAGUCAGCAUUAACACUUGGCUGUGCUGCUCUUGGAAACAGUGAGAUUCUCGAGGAAAUCCAAGAAAAUGUUGACUUUAGUUAUGUUCGUAUCCUGAAGAUGAUGUACUCUAAAGAUGAUAUGGUGCGCCUAUUUGCUGGCCUCUCAUUGGCUACAUUUGCCUACAACAAUCAAUCACAACAGAAGGAAAUAGCGGCCCAAGGUGGCGUUAGGUUCAACUGUUUCUUAAGUUUCCUACAAAUGGAGGAUGAAUUUUUCCGAUGUCAUGCAGCAUUUCAGGUGGUGGUAUUGGCCAGGAUAAUACCUGAUGAGGAACAGGCAAUGUCAUCAGCUGCUGGAAUAAAGCUACUGGUUGAUCUACUGAAUGUCUCUAAGAGUGAGCUGAUAUUAGCUCUGUGUGCAGACUGUAUAGCGAGGCUGUCUCAUACACGUGCAGGUGUUCCAGCAGCAUUUGUUUCCAUAGAUACGUGUAAUUUAUUGUGUAACCUAAUGAUGUCAGACUCUGAGCAAGUGCGUGGUUGUGCCGCAAUUGCACUGGGAUAUCUCUCAUAUAAUCAUGUUUGUGAGAGACAGCUAUUAAACAGAUGUCGUCAAGACCCAUAUCUCUAUAAGGUUAUAGGAUACUACACAGGAAAGGGAAAAGUGUCGCCAUCUUUCUUAGAGAACUGGAAACAUUAUCGCAAAAUUGGACUUCCACCAAUUGAAGAGGGCAAGCCUAGUCUGGUGACGAAUAAGAAUGUUCACUACAUGACGAACCCUGGAGGUCGACCAAUCACAAUCCUCAGUUUUGGAGAAACCGGAGCGAGUACAAAUCUCCAUAGCUCACCAUUCAUGAGUGGUUCCGUCCAGGAAGACGAUUCUGGGACAUCUGGAGGACACACAUCAAGAUCUUCCAAAAGCACCAAUCCCAGCACGCUUCACUCUAGUCCACGUCGUUCAGAAUCAUCAAGUACGAGAAAAUCAUCACGGCACUCAAUGGGUGGAAGUGAGGUCCUAACUUGAUAUACUGUAAUAUGAUGUUUAUAUUUGCGAAUUGACACGUUUCCUCAUGGUAACAUGUCACAUUGAAAUAGAAUGAAGUCAAAAUGCUAUACGAAGUAGGAACUUCACUUUGAAGCUAUGACUUCGCAAUGAAACUCAUCAAGAGUGAAAAAAUGCCAAUACAGGAAUUGAUGAAAGAAAAUAUGCAACAUAC